CUGCAAAACAAUAAGAAAUGCUGCAAAUAUGACCUCAAAUUUUGAGAAAAGCUGCAGCAAAAUCAGUCAUUCUAGGCCGCAAAAAUCAGAAAAACGUUCCACGAAAUCCUGGAGGGACUGGGCUAACUCAUGUAAUAAUUCUGCUAAUCAGCUGUGGGCCUGCUAUUGUCUAGAAAUGUGUUGAUUAAUGUAGAAUGUCUGUUGUAAUUGGAGUCAUGAUAAAGGAUGGAGCGAUACCUUGGAUUACAAACUGCAGUGCUUUAUCAGUACUCUUUGUCUGUGUUCGGCUAACAUACAGUAUAUACCAUUACUGAUUGGGUCUUUAAUACCAAGCUGUGGGACUGGGUCGCUAACAUAAAUGUAAAACAACUUUUCGCCUUCUUAUUCUUUCUUUUUAGAACAGAGUGGAGCAGUAUUAUUAUAAUAAUAUUAUGUAUUAUUGAUAAGCCAUAUUCCAGUACUGGUGAUGGGCAUUCCUUUUCCAACAUGCGAUGUACACAGUAGACCAGUCCCAACAGACUGGGUCAUUGGACCAAUCAGAGCAGAGUAACAUUAUGCAAAGGAGGGGUUUGGAAAGAUGAACCUUCGAAUGAAUCAUUUGAGUGUCGUUGAGAAAUAAUGUACAAUUAAAUGCAUAUUAUAAGAAAAUUAAAGUGUUUCUUGACCUUGCAUGCAUGUAAACCUGUUGUUGGGGACUCCCAAAGCCAAAUUAUAAACAUUUCAAAUAGCAUAAUAGGGGCACUUUAAGCAACAGAGGCACAUAGCAUUUCAAGCAUGUUUGAUAUUUUGGGCCAGUUUUAGAGCACAUAUUGUUUUCAUUUGUCUUGCAUCUCCUAGUAAUGAGACACAUACUUUCUGUGUGAGUUUGUUGUUUAAGGUGUCAUAGAAUGAAUAAAAAAUAGAAUAAAAGAUUGAAUAAAAAAUCAUAAACACAAGCAGUUCCAGACUAUGAUGUCAUACUUGUUGAAAGUCCCGCCCGUUUGUGAUGCUCUCUGCCCUAUACACAGACCUGAGUGAGAAGCAGCAGUCCACCAUUUAUGUUUUCUUGCUGUAGCUGCUGGAGGUACAAUGUCAGCGCCAAAAAGCCAGUAAAAGUGUUGUGUGUUGGGAUGCACCAACAAACAUAGGAGUCUCCAUAGACCGCUGAGGACACGGUGGUUACAUUUUAUUUUCAAAGGAUAUAUCCCGGAAAAAACCCCCAUAAAAGUCCUAUAUGUUUGCGCUAACAUUUUACGCCGGACUGCCUCACAAACGAGGGUCAGUUCAGCGCUGUAGUUGUGCAGAGAUUGCUUCUAAUAACUUGGUGUACACAUCUCCGAGGACCUGACCUGGACUAAUCACAUUUAAGCUCAAGUUAAAAAAAGCCAGACAAUGACUGUACCAUCUGAGAUUUCUGAGAAAAUUCGAGGUUUCCCCUGGAAUCCUGAAAACUUUCUAUAUCGGGGCUAUAGAAAGUAUAUUGACAUUUCAUUGUGGUAUGGAAACAGCUCAGCCCAGGAUCGUAAAGCCCUGCAAAGAGUAGUGCGCUUAGCUGAGCGCAUCUCCAGAACUGAUCUCCCCUCUCUGCAAGACAUACACACCAGGAGAUGUAAAUCUAGGGCUGUUAAGAUCCUUAAAGACUCCACCCACCCUGGAAAUCCACUGUUUAAUCUGCAGAUGCUUCCAGAGUCUGAUGGCAAAAAUGGAGAGGCUCAGAAUGAGUUUCUUCCCACACGCUAUCAGACUACUAAACAUGGACAUUAAACACACUGCACUUUAGGGACUCUGGUAGUGUAGGGUUACCCAAUAACUCUCUGCAAACUGCACUUUUUUGAGAUAAGCUAGCUAUGCAACUCAUCCUCACUGCACAUUGUUUAAAUCUCUGCACAUCAUCUGUGUAGCGGUUUCUAUGUACUGUAGCAUCUCUACACAUCAUCUGUGUAGUAGUUUAAUAUAUUGUGUAUAUUUCAUUAUUUUUUCUUCUUAUUUUUUAUUUUUUUGUAUAUGUCAUUUUGUAUUAAAUUUUCUCUUAUUUUUUUGCACAGUCUAAAAAGAGUAUGCCAGACCUACAUUUCACUGCUUGUUGUAUGCCAUAUAACUUGUAUGUGACACAUAACAUCUUGAAUCUCGAAUCUUGAAUCUCGAAUCUUCUGAAAGAGGGAUUGAUACCAAUGCUUGGUGCGCAAACGUCCAGACUCCAGACAAAGCUUCCUGGUACCAGGGUCCAUUCACCAAAUCCCUCCAGAGGGCAGAGGCUCUUUUUUGUAACCAUUUUAACCCCAGUCUGAAGUGGCUCAUGGGGCAGAAAGACAAAGAUGGCAGCUGGGACUCUGAGAAUGAGAGCAUCACUUCCUGUACCUCCAGAAAUAUCCAACACCUUGGACAAACUUUACAGAGCUUCAGCUCUCAAUGCCACAUGUUCUGUGAUCCUGCAUCAGGAGGCAGGCAGUUUGGCUGUAUCAUGGGUCUUUCUUCCUCUGAGGAAGAUGAUUUUUAUCACCACCCUCAGGCUGCAGCCUUCAGCCAGCAUUACUGUCAGCUACAACACCUGAUGGACCACAGAGCUCAGCUGCUCUUUCUCCAUGAGUACAGCCGUCGCACACAUGUGGCCACCUGCUUUGUGAGGCAACUUGACUCAGUUUUGGAGAAGACAUAUCUCCUAUUAACAGAGACGGGGCAAGUAGUUGAGCAGCCCGACUUCACAUGGAACCUCAGCCUUAGAGCUUUGUGCCAAGAAAUGCAGGUUCACGUCAACCAUUGGGACCUGCUCUGGGCCAAAGCUCGAUCUGACUUCCAUCUCCGCCGUGUUCUUUUCAGGCGUGUGAAAACCCUUGCUUCCAUGCAGCAAAAUUUACACUCGCUGGGCUUCCAGGCCUUUUGGUUGAUGGAGCGGUGCAUCCACACUGCACUUGCUGCUUUGACUUCUGCUCAGCUAGACCGUGUGCCCAGAGAUGCCUUAGUGGACCUGCUGUGUGCAGUUGAGCUGUACAACCAGAUUGUAGAAGACAAGUGGAUCCAGGGUACAACAUUUGCCUGGGGCUCACAGCUCAUGUUAAGCUCAUACUGGCCCCAGCUGGGAUCUGUUUUGCUUCAAAACAGAACUGGUCCUAAAACAUUCCCAGUUGAGGAGUUGAUGAUGAUUCUGGCCCAGAGUCAAGCUCAGAAAUCAGCCGAACAACUUUACAUGUGGUCUUCCCAGCAGAGUAACCUCCUCUAUAUGGCUAAAAUCCCCAAUAAACUUAAGAGUCACUUUCCACACCCUAAUCUCAAUAGUCAGCUUUCAUCAUCACCCACAAUAAAAAUACAUACAGUACAACUUGAACCUCAAGCUUUUAAUGAGGUGUCCCAAAAGUCCCUUCACAGCCUCUGGUCCUUAAAUCUUCCAUUUUCUUUGUUUAUCUCUCGAGACAGAGAGUGUCUCGAUACCUUCUUUCAAGCCCUAGUAACCUCAACAAAUCUCUUGGCUCCACUUAUUCCAAGAAAACCUCUGUUAAACAGGACAGCUGAUUUGUUGGACUCUGUGGUGUUUUCUCGUGGGCCAAGUGAAGGAGAAGAAAGACUGCUAAACAGACCCAGAAGGACAUCCAGGACCUAUAACGUGGCUGCGAUCGAUCUCAGGAAGUCUGACGCGUACAUGAAGCUUUUCUCUGAUUAUAAGAAGCUGUUGUGGGGGGAAUUUGGUAAAGCAGUUGUAAGUCACUUUUAUUUUCAGCCAUUCAACAGCGCUCUGGGAAGUAUCAACCAGUGGAACGAUGAAAUGUUGCUUCAUCUGGUCUCAUGGCUCAAACAUUCAUAUAUUGAAGACCUCAUUCCACAAGAAUGUAAAGGAAAUUUGAGCAAAUUCUGCUCUCAUAUUUUAUCUGUUGCUGCCUUCACACAGUGGGAUGAAUUGAUGUGUUUGUCGCUGGGCUCAGGGCUAAAAGAGAAGUGUGUCCCUGGAUUUAAACAGGAAAGAUUUGCAGUGAGGACCGCCACAAUGGAUCUCAUCCUCCAGCUCUUCCCACCUCUGCAUAUUGUUCUUCAGCUACUGCAAUGCCCAGACAUAGAGUCAGUUGACAGUGGAUCAAAGAGCCUUAAGAAAAAUCUUCUGGGAUUGCUGUGUAGGUCUGUUGCAACUGUCCAGACAUCUACUGUCUGGGUUAUGAGUAAAGCCUACCAGUUUCUGGCCUCUUGGACCCUUACUAAGUUCCUGCUGGUCACACAAGGAGAUCUUAAGGAUCUCAAGGACUCAGUGGAGGGCCUUGUCCACCUCACUCAAGCCGCCUGCAGAGAUUCAGUUGACCCUCUGAUAAUUCAGCAGACAGCCUCACUCUCUAAGGCACUUACAGAUCUACAAGCUUUCUCUAAUCUUGUCCUGAGGACCUUUUCUAUAGACUGCAAGAAAAUGUCUGUGGAGAUCUUUGAGCAAACCAUGCCAUCAGCAAAGCAUUGGAGGAUUAAUCACAAAACCGAGCUGCCCAACAGUCCUAGUGAUUAUGCAGCCUCUGCGGCUCAGAGUGUGAUUGGUCAGGUGCUGGAGGGUGUUCAGCCUCUGCCUGAUGAUGCUCGUAUUCCUGCUCUCACUGAGGCUAUGACGGCUUUCAUGGAGGCCUGGAUGGAGCACAUCCUUAAACAGAAGAUCAAGUUUAGUGUUCAGGGAGCUCUGCAGCUGAAGCAUGACUUCGACUUGAUUCGAGAUCUCAUUCGUUCAGAGGAAUACAGCCUCUCAGAGGAGCUGCACCAGAAGCUGCUGUCACUACGUGUUUUUCAUCAGGUGGAUAAUGCAAUUGUGUGCCUGCUUCAGCAGCCUAUGGCCAAACCGUACCUGCCCUCUCGCAGCUGGGAGUCCUUCAGACACUGCUGUCCAAGCAGUGCACAGGUCAUGGAUCAGGCAGCAGGGAGUCUUAAUAAUCUGGAAAGUGUGGACAUACAAGCAGCAUGCCAGCAGGCCCUGACACAAGCUGAGAGCUCAGUGAUCCCUGAGCUGCAGUCUUCCACCCCACCUGAGUCCUACUUGGCCAUGGCUCAACAGGAAUGGCUGGACCUGCGGAUACACAGCUGCUCACGCUGGAAACUCCCAGUGCUGCAUUGUUUCACUAAAUCUGAACCUUAGUCAAGUGACCAGGGCCUGUAUUCACAAAACAUUUUGCAUGAGUGUAGCAUUUGUAUUUUCUGUGAAAAAUGGUUUAUCUUCAGAUAAACAAUGUAAUUGUUGAUGCCCUUUCUAAAUAAACUGUGAAUAGUAAAAUUA